UUCCAACUAAACUUUUACCAUUUCUCGACAGAAAGAGAGAGAAAGAUGCAUAAACCAAAAGGCGGUACCACUGCAAUUGUAGACGAUGAUGAACCAAAAAAUCGUUCUGGGAAAAGACCCAAAAUCAUCCAUAAUAUCAUACCAGAAGAUGAAGAUGAUGAAGAAGAUGAAGAUGAAGAUGAAGAUGAUGAUGAAGAUGAGAGAGAAAACUUAUUGUAUAAUAACUUCCAUUACUUCCCACCACCUAUACCUUCAUCAAUUGUUGUUUGUGAUGCGCUUGAAUUUGAUUUUCCAAUCAUUUAUGUCAAUACUUCCUUUGAAACCUUCACUGGUUACCGUGCCAAUGAAGUUCUUGGUCGCAACUGUCGUUUCUUACAGUACAGGGACCCUCAUGCUCAAAGAAGGCACCCUCUGGUGGAUCCCGUAGUCGUUUCUGAAAUGAGAAGAUGUCUUGAAGACGGAGUAGAGUUCCAAGGGGAGCUUCUCAAUUUCGGAAAGGAUGGUACUCCCUUGAUAAAUAGGAUGAGGCUUCAACCAAUAUAUGCUGAUGAUGGAACUGUCACUCAUGUCAUAGGCAUUCAGAUGUUUUCAGAAGCAAAAAUAAACCUUAACCAUGUGUCUUAUCCAGUUUUUAAACAGACAUAUGACCAGCAAAUCAAGUGUAUGGAUGAACAGUCCACAAAGGAUGCCGAAUUCUGUGGUAUCCUCCAACUUUCUGAUGAGGUCCUGGCUUAUAACAUAUUAUCACGUUUGACUUCGAGAGACGUAGCAUCAAUUGGGUCUGUUUGUAGAAGGAUAUACCAGUUAACAAAAAAUGAGCAUGUGAGAAAGAUGGUUUGUCAAAACCUAUGGGGAAGGGAAGUGACGUGUAAUUUGGAGCUAAUGACAAAAAACUUGGGGUGGGUUCGACUGGCAAGGGAACUCACAACUCUUGAGGCUGUUUCUUGGAGGAAGUUUACUGUAGGGGGAUCAGUUGAGCCAUCACGUUGUAAUUUCAGUGCCUGUGCAGCUGGAAAUCGCCUUGUUCUAUUUGGUGGUGAGGGUGUUGGAAUGCAGCCUAUGGAUGACACUUUUGUGCUCAACCUUGACUCAGAGCAUCCGGAGUGGCGCCGUGUGAGUGUUAAGUCAUCGCCUCCUGGACGAUGGGGUCACACACUUUCGUGCCUUAACGGGUCCUGGCUUAUUGUAUUUGGAGGGUGCGGGAGAGAAGGGUUACUGAAUGAUGUCUUCGUUCUAGACCUAGAUGCCAAGCAUCCUACUUGGACUGAAAUCUGCGGUGGGACUCCCCCGGUCCGCCGAUCUUGGCAUAGUUCAUGCACUGUAGACGGGUCUAAGUUGGUCGUAUCAGGGGGAUGCACAGAUUCCGGAGUACUCCUUAGUGACACAUACUUGCUUGACCUCACUACAGAUAGGCCAGUUUGGAGGGAGAUUCCUACUCUGUGGGCCCCACCUUCGAGGCUUGGUCACUCACUUUCCGUCUAUGGGAAGGAAAAAGUAUUCAUGUUUGGAGGAUUGGUGAAAAGUGGGCAGUUGAGGCUGCGAUCAGGUGAGGCCUAUACCAUCGACAUAGGGAACGAAAAGCCUCGAUGGAGGCAAUUGGAUUGUGGUGCACUUGCUGGAACGGGGAGCCAAGGAGGGGUAGUUGUCCCUCCUCCGAGGCUUGAUCAUGUUGCUGUGAGCAUGCCAUGUGGAAGGAUAAUCAUAUUUGGGGGUUCAAUUGCUGGUCUGCAUUCUCCUUCCCAGAUUUUUCUGUUAGAUCCUUCGGAGGAGAAGCCGUCAUGGAGGACUCUGAAUGUCCCCGGGCAGCCUCCUAAAUUUGCAUGGGGCCACAGCACCUGCGUCGUUGGUGGGACCCGAGUCUUGGUGUUGGGUGGGCAUACUGGUGAGGAGUGGAUACUGAAUGAGUUGCACGAGCUGUGUUUGGCUAGCAGUCAUGACUCUGACCUUUGAUUAUGUAAAUCCCUACAGGAACUUUUUGAUCCCUCAUGUUGCUUGAGGGAGUGAGGCACGGUUUCCCCCUGGUAUUGUGUUGGGAAAAAAUGUAUUUGCCCUAUGUAUCAAUGUAUUAUGUAUUGUGUAUUAUGUAAUAUGUAUUAUGUAUGUAUCUGUUUGCAAUUUAGUAUAUGAGUAUUAUGUUCAAUCCCCUAAGGGGCCUUGUCUGCAAACUAGGGCCGGGUUGACCUGAGUGAGGUUCCGGUCUAGUUAGGGUAAUUUCUCCUUAUCUUAAAAAAAGAAGGAAAAAAAAAUCCCUGGUUGUUGAUGUAUUAAUGCAUUGAGAAGUUUGUUUGACACCGUAGGAAGUAUAUUUUUGUCCUUGUAACCGAGUCUGAUAUGCAUUGGUUUCCAUGUCUUCUUUUUUGGUUAAUACAGAUUAUUUAAACUAA